UCAGCCGUCUAGGUGGGUCACUCGCAGGUGUAGUUUUUAUUCGAUCAUGCAGCUCGCGGAGACAUCAAUCUGUCAAUCUCAAUGAUUGAUCGAGACCUUAUUAGCUCGCUGAGGAAUAUCGACUUAUAGCUCUAGUGCAGAGCCAGACUCUUGUAUUCGUUAAGCUGCCUAAAAGUAUGUGACAGUGUUGAAAAACGCCAGAAAAGCUAAUUAGCUAAAUCAUAAAAAAUAAAUUGCAAUUGAUCAAAUCCGAGCGAUAUAUCAUAAGCAACAUGUACGAUCCCAGUGACUACGAUUCAGUCUGCAGCGACGAGGACUUCAUGAAUGUUAUACAAGGUGCCGAAACGCCUCCCCUAAUGAACUACGAUGACUUUAUGGUAAAAACCAUGGAUGAACGACAGCACAUACAGAAGAAGACUUUUACAAAAUGGAUCAAUUCACAUCUAAGCAACACCCAGUGCACACCAGUUAAUGACUUGUUCCUGGACCUGCGAGAUGGCCAUCGGUUGCUGGCAUUGCUCAGCACUCUGACACACAACCAGCUGAAACCUGAGAAGGGUCGCAUGCGCGUGCAUCACAUCAACAACCUGAACAAAGUGCUGCAGGUGAUCCAGCAGCACGGCGUGAAGUUGGUGAACAUCUCUAGCGAUGAUAUUGUGGGUGGCAAUCCGAAGCUGACGCUGGGCCUCAUCUGGCUGAUAGCGCUAGAGUUCAAUGGCCAACAUCUAGUCAAAAGCCAUUCCAGCAAUGGCGUCGAGAAGUCCCUGCUGGCCUGGGCGAGGCAGUACACAGAGCCGCAUGGAUUGGCGCUAAAUGAUUUCUCCAGCUCCUGGGCAGAUGGACGGGCCUUCCUCAUGAUACUGGCUGCACACCUGGAUGAGCUCGAUCUAGAUACGGCCCUGGCGCAGCACGCACUGCAGCGUCUCUACAUGGCCUUCGACUUGGCGCAUCGGCACUUUAAGAUUGAAAAGCUGCUGGACGCUGAGGAUGUGCACACCCACAAGCCGGACAACAAGUCCAUACAAAUGUACGUGAUGUGCCUCUACCAUGCCAUGGAAUCGAUGCGAGCCACGGAGCGCGACAGGGUGCCCUGCACCAGCAUUACAGAUCUGGACGAGGUGCCGCUCGACAAUGAGCGCGAGCUCUACACCUCCGACAGCGCGACCAGCAUGGAGCUGAAGUCAGGGGUAGAGGAGAGCUCAGUGCGACCGCUGAGCACAGCAACCAAUGUGAGCGUUGAGAUCAGCAGCUAUCAGGCAGCCUUGGAAGCGGUGCUAACACUGCUGCUUGAGGAUGAGCAGCUACUCUCAGAAGAUCUGCCAGACCCGGAGAACUUUCAGGCAGCCAAGAUGCAGUUUCAUGAGAACGAGAGCUUUAUGCUUAAGCUAACCAAACAUCAGGAGUUUGUGGGCGAGGCCCUCGAGGAGGGCAGCAAUCUCAUAAAUGAGUCCCAGAAAAAAGAUGGCUCCAGCCUGUCACAGGUGGAUCAGAACGAGGUGCGUCAGCAGAUGGUGCUGCUCAAUGAGCGCUGGGAAACGCUGCGACUGCGCGCGCUCGAUAUGCAGGCCAAGAUACUAAUGCGGCUGGCUGAGUUCCAGAAGCAGAAGCUAGAGCAGCUGCGCCAGUUCCUCACCAAUGUCGAGGAUCGCAUCUCGCACAUGAGCGACUUGGGGCCCACCUUGGCUGAGGCCGAGCAACAGCUGACGGAAGCACGACAGCUGAAGGCGGAUCUGUCCGAGCAACAGGAGCUGGUGGAUAGCAUUAGCAGCAUGGUCGUCAUUGUCAAUGAUACCUCCGGCAAUUUCAACGAUCUGGAGGAUCGACUGAGUGCUCUCGGCGAGCGCUGGUCCCAUGUGGUCAAGUGGAUAGACUUGCGUAGCGAAAAGCUGCAGCAAUACAAGUGCAUCUCGCGUUGGCUGGAUGCGCGCGAACAGGAUCUGAAGCGCAUGGAGAGUCGUGAUGUCACCGACGUUGGCGGCAUCACGCAGCGGAUCAAUGAGCUCAACUACUGUGCCAAGGAUUUGCUGGAGUUGCAGCGCUACUUGAUCGACCUGCGUCAAAUGGUUGCUGCCACGCUGCAGGAUGGCGACGACAAAGGUGAGCGCGUACUGAUGCAGCUGGAGAGCUACGAGGAUCGGCUGGAUGCACUCAAGCAAAUCUUGGAAGUGCAAACGCUGCGCAUCGAGUCGAAAGGCUUCAACUUUGGACGCGAACGAGCCAGUUUCGACGACAGUCGAGUGCUGCGGCCUGAGGGCUGGGUGGACUAUCAGAUGAUUAUACGCUUCGGUGAGGGCGAGGAGGAGGACGAGGAUGAGCCCGAGCCGACACAGCCCGAACAGCAACUGGACGUCCAGCAUCCCGACCAAUUGGCCAGCAAGAAGCGCAAACUACGCAAUGCGGACAACUUUUUCGAGCUGGAAAAUCAGAUACUGCAACACUUUACGCACGUGCAGCAAGUGGAACAGCAACUGCAGCAGAUACAGCGUCAGAGUCUGCGCAAUCAGUGCGAGCUGCUUAAAGAGCUGCAGGCCGAGCACCAGCAGCGCGCCAACUGCUUGCCGGAGCUCAAGAAGCUCUAUGAGGUGUGCGAGCAGGAGGAGCCAACACGUCAGCUGCAGCUGGAAGCAGCUCAAAUCAAGCAGCUGGAGCAACGCCAUGCAGCGCUGGCCACGCGACUGGCUAGCCAGCAGAGCGAAACCAGCAAUCUGUUGACCAAGGAGCGCUAUUACAAUAGCCUGACUGGCUUCAAGCUGGUGCUGGCUGACUCCAGGGACUGGUACAAGCAGCACGCUGGCUCUGCCAGCUGCCAGGAGCUGGAACAGCGACUCAGCCACAUGGAUUCGCUUGCCACCGAGAUUGCCGAGGCACGCGAGACAACCGAGGCGCUGGACGAGCAGCAGGUUGAAUGGAAACAAGAUUUUGGCAUAUUCUACGAUAGCUGGCACGACAUGAAGCAGGCGCUACAGGCGCUCAUACAACAACGUGGCGGCGAGAGCGUUGCCCGUCAGCUGCAGCAUCUGGAAGCUUUUGUUGGCAAGGUGGCCGCCCAGAAGGUGCGCGUAUCCCAUCUGGAGGCCAUGCAACAGCAGCAACAGUUGCUUAAUCAACUGGUCGAUGAACUGGAGUCCUUAAAAUCAAGCUACGACUGUGUGCCCGCCCACAUGCUCAGCGAGGAGCUGCAGGCCGCCUGGCAACGUUUGCCGGAGCAGCUCAAUGAGCGGGUCAUCAAGCAAACCACCGCCAUAGAGAACCUCAAUCAUUUUGUAGCUGAGUACAAUUCGAUAAUAGCUGUGCUACGCAGCGCGCCACAAGUGCUGCAGGCGCAGGAUCUGCGCAAGCUGGAGAUCGAUGUGAUCAGUGCACGCAACUUCAGUGAGAUUCUGAUCAAAGAGGCGGAGCCGGCACAGCGUGAGUCUCUGCAGGCGCAGAUACGUGCCCUCAAUACGCUCUACGAGCAGGUGGAGCAACUGCAUCAGGCCCAGCAGCAACAGCAGUCGGCACUGGAGACCCAAAGCGAUGCGAUACAAACGCGACUGCAGCAGACCGAACGCUGGCUGAGUGAACUGGAGGCGAACACGCCCAAGUCAGGCAUUGCUGAGAUACGCAACUCCAAUGAGCUCUUCCAAAGCAAGUCGAAGUUCCAGACCCUUAAGGAGACUUGCGAGCGGGAGGCCACACAGUUCCGGGAGCUCAAUGAGCUGGGCGGCGAGUUGCUGCUGCAAAUGGACGAGCUGCAGAGCAAGGAGAAGGACUCCAAGUACGGUUCGCUGGCCAAACAGUUCACGCACCUCAAUGCACGCUGGACGGAAGUUACGGAGGACGUCUACACCAAGACGGCGCUGCUGGAGCAUAUAUCCACGCAGCUGGGAGAGUUCAAGAAGUUUAUGGUCAGCGAGACGGGCUAUCUCGAUCGGCUGGAGAACAAGAUUCGGAAUACGCCCGAGAAUGCUGCCGAUGCAGAGGAAAUUAUUGAAGAGUUGGAUGAUUUGGAGAACGUGCUGCGCGCUCAUUCGGACGAGUGGCUAGACAAGAUUCAGGAAAUUGGCAACGAGCUAAUUGACAAUGAAUUUAUGGCCGAUGUCAUGCGUCGGGAUAUCGAUGGCAUUGUUGAGCGCUGGACGCAGCUGCAGCAGCAGGCCAAGAAGCGCACCGAACUGCUGGAGGAGAAGGCCAGCGAAGCGGAGCAGUCCGAGAAGGCAAUUGUGCAUCUGGGAGGCUGGCUAACGCACGUGGAUGAGAUACUCAGCGAGCAUCUGGAAAAUGAUGUGACCAUCGAGGAUCUGCCCGAUGAUUUCCAGAUUUUGGCACGCGAAUUCGCCAUAAACGAGCAAAACUUCAAGGAUAUAAGCCAACUGAUUGCAGAGCACACAGCCAAUGGCAAAACAGGUGCUGCAAAUCGCCUGAAGGAACAGCUUAACCUAAUGGAGAAGCGCUUUAAAGCUUGCCAGGUCAAGCUCAACAAGUGCAUAGCUCCUCAGUCCGCCUACGAGUCGCGCCUCAAUCGCGCCUACGGAGAUUUGCGCAACGUGGAGCACUCCACAUUGGUGCUGGACGUGGCUUCGGCGGGUCCCAGCACCGUGCAGGCGCAGCAUCAGAAGUGCCUGCAAAUCUAUCGCACACUCUCUGAAAUCAAAGCGGAUAUUGAGAGCACCAUCAAGACGGGGCGUCGUGUCUGUGAGGAUAAAUACACGAAGAGUCCCAAGCAGCUCAGUCAGCGCAUCGAUGCCCUGAAGCAUCUGUACAAUACGCUCGGCGAGAAUGUCACCCAGUCGAAGGCCUUUCUCGAGGGCCUUAUCAAGCUGGCCAGACAGCUGGAGCACUGCUUCAAUACGGCUGAUGAGUUGAUAAGGCGCUUCGAGUCGCCGCAGGAGCUGCACGAUCGCAACUCCAUACUGCUCGAGUUCGAGGAUGUGCUGCAGCGCUGCGAGCAACACUACAACGAGUACAGCAAGUCCUGCGACAAGAGCUGCAUGCAGGAGACACGCCAACGCAUCGACGGCCUCAAGGCCACCUACCACAAGCUGACCAGUGCGGACAUUAUCAAGCGUCUGACUGAAAUGAAGGCAACGCUGCAGAACUUGGACAACAUCUCGAUGGAUACUCUCAAAACCAUGGAGCACGAUCUGAAGGAGAUAAAUGUGCCCUCGAAUCCGGAAAUUGAGAAGUUGCAACAACAAGUCAUUGCAAUAGUUGUGGAUACACUGAAAGCGCGCUUCGGCGAGACCUCAACGCUUGCCACAGUUGCAAAGCCAAGAGCCAGCGAUGACGAUGAUACGGAAAUUGUUGUUGUUAGCGAUACAGUGCGUCAAAGGCGUGCACGUACCCCGCAGGCCGGUGAGGGCAGCACGCCCAACACAAGUGUCUCCGAGGCGCAGUCACCGAAAGCGGAUGCCCAGCCGGCCUCAAAUAGCGGUGAACAGGUGCUGCCUGAUUUGCUUCCACCUCAAACCUUUCGUUUGGCUGAAUCCAGCACACUCUUCUCGCAGAUAUCGCUGAAUCCAAACAGGGUAAUGGAGUCGCCACCCCCGAAGCCAGCGAAAAACAAACGCAAAGCGCCGGCAGCGCCCGCUCAGGUGGUUGAGAUAAAGGUGAAAAAUAUUCAAAAUGACAAAAUGUCUGUGCAGAACAUUGCGCUGGAGCCGCAGCAGGGCGAGAUUGUGGACACGGUGAACAUUUUGGAGAGUGUGGAGCCGCUGCUGCCUGAGUUUGUGCAGACUGUGCAAAUCGUGGACUUGUCCGAGGACUCGGACUCCUCCUUGCGAGUCGAUGUCAAUGGCAAGGAGGUGCGGCGCAGCAAGAGCAAACAUUCUCUGUGCGAAUCGCCGGUGGCCAAGGCAGAAGACACGGACGCAGAUCCAGAAGGAGACGCCAUAUUGCGUCCUGCAGCGGGCAAUACCAGCACGCCUCUGCUGCGUGUGGAGAAGCAGCGCAUAUCCUUCGAUGAGAAGCGUAAACGUAUUGCCCAUGAGCGUGACAUACUGCGCGACUCCGAGGAGGACGAGGCGCCACAAAGCGUUGCUGCGUCCAAUGCCGACAGUGCAACAGCUAACGAACAGCGACCCAAGGCCAAGCGCUGGCGUCAGCUGCAGCCAGAAAUGGAGGCUCUGACACCUGACACCGAGCCAGAGUCGCCCAUUCGCAAUAGUUUCUAUAGCGCCGACAAGGAGACAGGUUUUGAUAUUGAGCCGCUGGUAUUCUCCGAUGAUGAGGAGAUACCGCGCUUCUCGCAGGAAAUGACACCAACCUUCGACUCCGAUAGUGAUACGAGUCGCAUUGAGACGCCCUCCGCGAAGAAGCCGAACUCGUUCCUGAGCAAGGUUCUGCACUCGAUGCCCUCGCCGCUGGAUGACUCGAAUGUAACCCUUAAGAGUCCGCCCAGCGAACAGCCCAGCACCAGCCCCGGCAACUUGGAGCAGCGCGUCCAGGACUUCAAUAAGCUGGCCAAGCAGAUGAUAUAUCAGCUGGAGAUGACCAAGACCAAAAUCGAACAGAGCCACGAGAGCGAGGCCGACGAUCUCAGAAUGCUGAUAGCUCCAGAUGCGGCAACUCUGAUCUCACAAGGCGAUUCCUUGGUGCUCGAAACGCAUGGCAAACAUGGCAGCAUCUCACGUCCUGUCAUGCGCACACAGAUCAUACUCAGGGAAAAGUUCCGUGAGGUUCAGCAGGCCAAGCCUAAGACAACGGGCACAUCGGCAGCGCGGCCCGCGCCAGACAGCGUUAAUAUUGAGGAACUGAUCACUAAAGGUCUGCGGCGCAUCCAUGUGCUCAUUGAGAAGCCCGUUGAUUCUAAGUCCAGUACUGAGCUAGAGAAACGCUUGGACGACAUCGAUGAACGGAAAGACGAUCUGCAGGUCAUUGUUGGCGCCAUUGGCAAGAAUACCCAAGUGCCAAAGGUUCCGCCCGUCAUGAUAAACGAAAUCGAAAAGACUAAAAACAAUUUGACUGCUCAUGGCGACAGCAUAGAGCUCUCGCUGACGGAACUGAAAAAUGUCACCCAAAUUGGCAAUGGGAACGGCGCCACCAACAGCCGACAGGAUUACAACAAGGAGCCCAGCGGCAGUGGCGCUCUGGCCAGCAGCUUCGACAAGUCCGUUUUGCACAUUUCCGACUGGCUGACGUGGGAACAAAACAUGAUCAAGAUACAGAGCGUGCUGGUGAACGAUGGCGACGCCGUGCGUUUGGCCAUCGAAAAGCAGGAGAAAGUUUUGCGUGAAUUGAAAAUGAAAAAGCCGCAACUCAACGAACUGGUCCAUACAGCGGAAGUGCUGAAAGGCGACAUCAAACGUCAGCAGCUGCAGGAGAAAGAAUUGAAACAAUUUUGCAUAGCACCGCAUUGUUCAGCUGACUUAGACUAUUUACGUUGCUUUCUGAAAGUGACCCGCCUGAGGGAGCAUUGGGAUGAGACGUCGCAGUGCGUUCUGCAGCGGGCGGCACAGCUGAAGAGCAUGCUGAGCGACUCGCAGCGGUUUGAGGCCAAGCGCGUCGAGCUGGAAAUGUGGCUGGCGCGCAUGGAGCAGAGAGCCGAGCGCAUGGGUACUGUGGGCGCCACAGCAGAUAUACUGGAGGCCCAGCAGAAGGAGCAGAAGUCCUUCCACGCCGAGCUGCAUCAGAAUAAGCAGCACUUCGACCUCUUCAGCGAGCUGACGCAGAAUCUAAUUGCAGUCUAUCCAAACGAUGAUACUUCCAGAGUUAAGAAGAUGACUGAGUCCAUUAAUCAACGCUAUUCCCACUUGAACAAUGGUGUCAUCAAUCGAGGCAAACAGCUGAAUGCCGCUGUGCACGAUCUGCAAUCGUUCGAUCGUAAAAUGGAUCAGUUUCUCGCUUUUCUCUCGGAAAUGGAAACACUUUGCGAAAAUGCAGAGUCGGACACUGAUCGCAAUCCGAUGAUGUUUAAGGAUCUGCAAUCGGAAAUUGAAACCCAUCGCGUUGUUUACGAUCGUCUCGAUGGCACCGGCCGCAAACUUUUGGGUUCGCUCACCUCGCAAGAGGAUGCGGUUAUGCUGCAGCGUCGCCUGGAUGAAAUGAAUCAACGCUGGAAUAAUUUAAAAUCGAAAAGUAUUGCAAUCAGAAAUCGUCUGGAAUCAAAUUCGGAGCACUGGAAUGCCCUGCUGCUGUCGCUUCGCGAGCUUACCGAGUGGGUCAUUCGCAAGGAUACAGAGCUGAGCAGCUUAGGCUUAGGACCUGUGCGCGGCGAUGCGGCUAGUCUACAAAAACAGCUUGAUGAUCAUAAAGCUUUUCGCCGUCAGCUGGAGGAUAAACGCCCAAUUGUUGAGAGCAAUUUAACGAGCGGUCGUCAGUAUAUAGCCAGCGAGACGCCCGUUUCGGAUACCAGCGAUACCGAGGCCGCCCACGACUCCGACUCGCGUUACAUGUCGGCCGAGGAGCAGAGCCGGGAACUGGCUCGCAGCAUACGGCGCGAGGUGGGCAAACUUUCUGAGCAGUGGAACAAUCUAAUCGAUAGAUCUGACAAUUGGAAGCAUCGUUUGGAUGAAUACAUGACGAAAAUGCGCCAAUUCCAAAAGGUGCUGGAGGACUUGACCUCCCGUGUCGCUUUGGCUGAACAAACACAGCUCACCUGGCAGACGCCCCCAUCAGUGGGCGAGGCUAAUGAGCAGAUGCAGCAGCUACAACGGCUGCGGGACAAGAUGACCACGGCCAGUGCCCUGUUAGACGACUGCAACGAGCAGCAAUCCUUCUUCACCGCCAACCAGGUGCUUGUACCGACCCCGUGUUUGUCUAAGCUGGAGGAUUUGAAUACACGCAUGAAGUUGCUGCACAUUGCGAUGGACGAACGUCAGAAGGUUUUGUGCCAGGCGGGUGCGAAUAAUGCGCACGAGAACGGGGACGAUGGACGCAAUACAUCAAACAGUGGCACCAUUGGGCCAUUGCCCAAUUUGGGACAAAGUGUUAAGCCGCCCUGGGAGCGUGCCACAACUGCCGCCAACGUGCCUUACUACAUCGACCAUGAACGAGAGACCACACACUGGGACCACCCGGAGAUGAUCGAGCUGAUGAAGGGCCUAGCGGACCUCAACGAAAUUCGCUUCUCAGCCUACCGCACAGCCAUGAAGCUACGGGCUGUCCAAAAGCGAUUGGCACUGGAUCGCAUCUCAAUGGCCACCGCCUGCGAGUCGUUUGACCGCCAUGGACUUCGGGCCCAGAACGACAAGCUUAUCGACAUACCGGACAUGACGACGGUGCUGCAUUCGCUCUAUGUGACAAUCGAUAAAAUUGAUUUGACGCUAAUGCUCGACUUGGCCAUCAACUGGAUACUGAAUGUGUACGACUCGCAGCGCACCGGACAAAUACGGGUGCUCAGCUUUAAGGUGGGCCUCGUGCUGCUCUGCAGGGGCCAUCUCGAAGAGAAGUAUCGCUAUCUAUUCCGCUUGGUUGCCGAUACCGAGCGGCGAGCGGAUCAGCGACGCUUGGGACUGCUGCUGCACGAUUGCAUACAGGUUCCGCGGCAAUUGGGCGAGGUGGCCGCUUUUGGUGGCUCUAAUAUUGAGCCCUCGGUUCGGUCGUGCUUGGAACAGGCCGGCAUAUCACAGGAAGCCAUCGAUGGCAAUCAGGAAAUUUCAAUCGAGCUGCAACACUUCCUCGGCUGGCUGCAGCACGAGCCGCAGAGUCUGGUCUGGCUGCCAGUGCUGCAUCGUCUGGCUGCCGCCGAGGCAGCCAAGCAUCAGGCCAAGUGCAACAUAUGCAAAGAGUAUCCAAUUGUCGGCUUCCGCUAUCGCUGCCUCAAGUGCUUCAACUUUGACAUGUGCCAAAAGUGUUUCUUCUUUGGACGAAAUGCCAAGAACCACAAGCUAACCCAUCCCAUGCACGAGUACUGCACAACGACCACAUCCACCGAGGACGUACGUGACUUCACGCGCGCCCUUAAAAACAAAUUCAAGAGUCGCAAAUACUUUAAGAAGCAUCCACGCGUCGGCUAUCUGCCCGUGCAGAGUGUUCUAGAGGGGGAUGCCCUCGAGAGCCCGGCGCCCAGUCCACAGCACACCUCGCAUCAGCUGCAAAGCGACAUGCACUCUCGCCUGGAGAUGUAUGCGUCGCGGUUGGCACAAGUUGAAUACGGUGGGACUGGUUCCAAUUCGACGCCCGACAGCGACGAUGAGCAUCAGCUAAUCGCGCAGUAUUGCCAGGCGCUGCCCACGAGCAAUGGCAGCGCGCCCAAAUCGCCGGUGCAGGUGAUGGCCGCGAUGGAUGCGGAGCAGCGCGAGGAGCUGGAGGCCAUCAUACGCGACCUUGAGGAGGAGAACGCCAAUCUGCAGGCCGAAUACCAGCAGCUGUGCACCAAACAGCAGAGCGGCACGCCUGACGACUCGAACGGCAUGCACCACUCCAGCAGCUCCAGCAUGACGGGCCUGUCCACUCAGGGCGAGCAUGGCCAGGAUAUGAUGGCCGAGGCAAAGCUAUUGCGCCAGCACAAGGGUCGCCUGGAGGCGCGUAUGCAAAUACUCGAGGAUCACAAUCGCCAGCUGGAGGCACAACUGCAACGGCUGCGCCAGCUGCUCGACGAGCCAAACGGCGGCGGCAGCAGCGCCACCAGCAGCGGCCUGCCCAGUGCGCCCGGCUCAGCACUCAAUUCCAAGCCAAACACUCUUCAAACACGCUCGGUAACUGCCUCCCAGCUGAACACCGACUCCCCGGCCAAGAUGAACCAACAGAAUGGCCACUACGACCACAAUUCAAAGGGCAUUAUGCUGCCCGGCCUCAGCAACGAGCUGCAGCAGCAUCCACAGCUAGCCAAUCUGGCCGCCAAGCAUCAUCAGCACCAACUGAGCGGAGCUCUGAAUGCACUGCAUCAGCAGCAGCAGCAGCAGCAACAGCAGAGAGGCAUCCUCACCGGCAACGGGGGCAUUGACAUGUCCAGCAGUGGAAUGCAGACGUCCGGCUAUUUAGGGGACGACGGACGUCCGCCACCUCCGCCACACUCCAGUCUGCUGCAGCAGCAUAUGAAUGAAAUAGCGGAUAAUUUGGUCACUGUCAUUACGGAACAGGAAAUCGAGCCCAACAACGAGGACUUGGAGGAGACGAGCAGCAGCACGACUACAAAUACAACGACGACGACGACCACAAAUACGGAAAAAACCUGUGUGGACAUGAGGAAAUAACUUUCGAUACUUACAUAAGCCAGGCAAUACGAAAAAAGCAGAGAAAUAUAAUCAUAAUCAGAAAAACAACUUAAGCAUACUUCACUAUAAUGGCUGGCGUGCAAGCAAACUCUAAACAGUAUACAUAUAUCUAUAUAUAUACAUAUAUAAAUAUCACUAUAAAUAAUUACAAAACGCAACUUAUACAUAUAAAUAUAUAUAUAAAAUAUAAAAGAAAGGAAAGAAGCUGAGGCUGGAGCAGAAGCGGAAAGCUAAAGGUUUUUUAUUAGUUAUGAAAAUAUAUCAAUAUUAAGUGAACAAUACAUAUUAAAAGCUGAAAAUAAUGCAGAAAUAUAAAGUGUAGUUAAGAGUCUAAUAUAAAAGGAAAUAUCUUAAUCAAUCAAUUGCGAGCACUUCUGUUAGCAAAUCUGUUAUAGAAGCACUUUUUUCAAAACAAUGCAACAAUAGAUAAAAAACCAAUUUCGAGUUUCUCCUUGCUAGAUAUACGACAGAAAAUUGCUUUUGCAUGUCUUAUAGGAGUUCUUAUCAUCCGCUCACUCAGAAUCAAAGAUACUUUUAUUUCAGUUUACUUUGUAAUCUAUUAUAUUCCAUUAAUGUGUAUUGUGUAUUAUAAUGUACGUGCUAACUGAAAGUGU